AUGACUGGGUGGAGCAAUCCUGGGGUCAACCAUGCCCAGGUCACUGGUUCUAGUAGCUAUCCUGUUUGGUUCGCGAAUUGGACGUUGGAUUAUGCCAUGUCAAUAGGAGCAAUGAUCGUGGCUCCAGACUACCUUUUGCUGCCUGAAGUACCCGGAAAAGAGAUAUUGGAAGACAUGGGUGAUUUCUGGCACUGGCUACACAGCCCACAAUUUGUUGAAGUGAUCAAAUAUGCUAGCGACAGUCGUAUUACUCCUGACCUUGAUAGGGUCCUCGUGGUGGGGGAAAGUGCAGGUGGGUAUCUGGCUAUGCAACUAGCACUUAGCUACCCAUCGGACAUUCGUGCUGUCAUUGGAGCCUAUCUAGUUCUUAAUUUGAAAUCAAAGCUCUACACAGAGGCAUAUUCCAAACCUAUCCUUGGAGUUACCAACUUCCCGAAUGAAAUUAUUGAAGAGCACAUUUCAGCCUCAUGCACUGUGGUUACUGCCGCGGAUCCGCCAAAUCGCCUCAAGCUGGCAUUCUCGGUUUUCCAAAAUGGUCGAUUGCCAGAGUUCCUCGGGUCAGAAGACCAUCUCUUCCCAAUGAACAGGGUUGAAAAUCUUGCUGCUACCGGAACUCUGAAACGGCCUCCAACUUUCAUUUUCCAUGGAAAGCAAGACUCAGCUGUGCCAUUUGAGGGCUCUCAGCGGUUCGUCGAUUUGCGAGAACAAGCACCCAGUGCAAUCAUCAACUUUCACGGUCAAGUUGGUGAUCAUGGGUUUGACUUUGCGACAACGUUGGAAACGGAUUGGUUGAAGGAGGGUUCGGAGGUCAUUUCAAUCCUGGCUUGGCUCCAAAAUAGUGCACUCUACCUAACCUGUGACGAUUCUACAUGUUUUAGUAGAGAUAGCUCAAUAUAA